GCCUACCGGACACAUUACCGGCUGAACGAUCGUUUGGGACGGUCUGUGCAGUGUUUGUGCGUGUUUGGUGGCUGUGGUGAGCGUGUCUACCGAGACGAAUAGUGCAGUGAAAAACGCUUAACAAACGCCCAGUUUAGUACGAAAAGGGGGGAAAAAGCUCACCAUGUACGGACGUCAGGAAUCGCAAGGGCCCACCCUGAAGGAAGGUGGCUCCUACAUUAUGGAAGGACACGAUGCGGCCGAAGCGAAGAACGUCUGCCUGAUCUUCUCGCCCGAGCAGGAGGAGGCGGGCGCACUGGCCAAGAUGCUGCGCAUCUUCGACGACCACCGGGUGAACCUGCUGCACAUUGAGUCGCGUUCGUCGACCCGCGGCCCGGGCUACGAGUUUAUGGUCGAGUGUGACGGCAAGCGCGGCACGCUCGGGCCGGCCAUCGAGGCGAUCCGCGAGAAGAGCAACUACUUCAACAUCAUCUCGCGCGACUACAAGGAUAACGAAGCCACUGUUCCGUGGUUCCCGCGGCGCAUCCGCGAUCUGGACCGGUUCGCCAACCAGAUCCUGUCGUACGGGGCCGAGCUGGACUCGGACCAUCCCGGCUUUACCGACCAGACGUAUCGCGAGCGGCGCAAGUACUUUGCCGACAUCGCGUUCAACUACAAGCACGGCCAACCGUUGCCGCACGUCGACUACACGCCGGAGGAGGUGAACACGUGGCGGGAGGUGUUCCGCAACCUCACCAAGCUGUACCGGACGCACGCGUGCCGCGAGCACAACCACGUGUUUCCGCUGCUGAUCGAGAACUGUGGCUACCGGGAGGACAACAUACCGCAGCUGGAGGAUGUGUCCAACUUCCUGAAGGACUGUACCGGGUUUACGUUGCGCCCGGUCGCGGGACUGCUUUCGUCGCGCGAUUUUCUCGCCGGCCUAGCGUUCCGCGUGUUCCACUCGACGCAGUACAUCCGGCACCCGAGCAAGCCGCUGUACACGCCGGAACCGGACGUGUGCCACGAGCUGCUCGGCCAUGCGCCGCUCUUUGCCGAUCCGUCCUUCGCACAGUUCUCGCAGGAGAUCGGGCUGGCGUCGCUCGGUGCACCGGAUGAGUUUGUGGAGAAGCUAGCGACGUGCUUCUGGUUCACGGUCGAGUACGGUAUGUGCCGCCAGAACGGCGAGCUGAAGGCGUACGGGGCCGGGCUGCUGUCCUCGUUCGGCGAGCUGCAGUACUGCCUGACCGACAAGCCCGAGCUGCGCGAAUUCGAUCCGGCCAAGACGUGCGAGCAGAAGUACCCGAUCACCGAGUACCAGCCGGUGUACUUCGUGUCGGAAAGCUUCGAGGACGCGAUCCAGAAGAUGAUCAACUACGCGAACACGAUCCCGCGCCCGUUCGGCGUCCGGUACGAUCCGUACACGCAGAGCAUCGAGAUACUGGACUCGGUGCCGCAGAUCUCCAACCUGAUGCGCAACAUCCACAACGAGUUCGAGGUGCUGCAGAACGCGUUCAAGAAGCUGUAGUGUAGGCCAACGCGAAGCCAACGCGCAGGUUCAGUGCAGGGAGCGAAUACAGUACAACCGUUGGUACGUUUGCCUUUUUUGUUUGUUUUAAAACGAUAAGUUCGUUUAAAGAAUCGAAUUGAAAGCGAUGAUGGUGUUUUUUUAAUGUUAUCCUUAAUACUGGCCAAGAAUUUUGAUUUUAAUUAGUAAGUUAAGAGUGAAUAAUAAAUCACACUUUGUUCGUUAAGCACAUA